AGAGAGCGAAAGAGGUAGGGCAUGAGGGGGGUUCAGGCACCGAAUGAUCAGCCACUACAGGGAGUUACAUUGUUAUCCGUCACAUUUGUUUUUCAAGACGUGAACAGUGUGCGCACAUUGACAGAUGAGAAUAGUUUGCAACAAAACCUUUGUGAGAAAAGCUGAUUGAUAUAUAUAUUUUUUUUCUGGGUGGACACCAGGUUGUUGGCAAACGGUCAACUGGAGAAACGAGUUGCCAUGGAAACUAUUUUGCUCUUCCUCUCUUCACUGCUUGUAUGUGUGGCUGCUCUAUCAGACCCAAGUGCACAGGAUGGGGCAGAGAAAGUCGAAAAUCCAUUUAUCUAUGACUAUGAGAGCCUGAGGAUUGGGGGAUUGGCAUUCGCUGUGGUGCUGUUCACACUGGGAAUACUUCUCAUCCUCAGUCGGCGGUGCCGCUGCAGUAUCAACCAAAAGCCAAGAGCCCCUGGAGAUGAGGAAGCACAGGAGGAAAACCUGAUUGUCUCCAAGGCUGCAGCAGCUGCAAAAGAAACUCCAGCAGAGAACUGAGGCAUCUGCUCUGGACCGGACUGCCUUUUAAAAUGAUGGCCUGUUGUAUUUGAUAUGAAGCCACUAUAAACAAUGAAGACAUGAAUAAAAUUAUAACCGGUUAUAUGACGGGGUAAGAGGGAGGUUUAUGUUUAGAGGUAUAAUAUGUACAUAAAACUUGUAAUCUAAAGGCGAACCUUUAGGCUGUUGUGCUCCGUUGUGACCAGUCCAGUCUCUCAGUGCUCUUGUCUGUUUCUGUGCCUUCUGUGAUAGUCUUUCCUAAGUCCUGUGUCUUAGCCAGUAGCACUUUUCACUUAAGACUAUAUUUGGACACCUAAAAGAAUUUUUAAUGUUGUGGGGUCUGUUAGUUUUUAGAUUUGUUAGUUUGUUUAAUUUUGUCAAUUGUCCUAGAUAAUAAUGUUGUAUAUCAUAUACAGUAUGUGCAUAUACUAUAGACAGUAUAUAUUUAAGUACAGAUUGCUUAUAAAAAAUUCAAUAUCCUUCAUUUAGGUCUACAGUAAGUCUGACCGGAUGGGUUUAUUUGUGUAGAUGCACUGUGUCAUGUGUCUGCCUGCAUGCACUUGUGGGCAUAUACGUAUAUGUGUGUGUGUAUAUCCUGUACAAGUAUGAAUGUUUAUACAUUAUGUGUGCCUGCGUAUCACUACAUUUAAAUGUGAUCAGCCUUAUAGAAGACAAUCUCAAAUGCCACAGCUCUCUGACUGAGCAUAGAAUGGUUUGCAGGUAUCAGCAUGAGCUCCACCAAAGCACCAACUUCAGUGGAAGGAGCUCCUGCAUCAGCUGUCUCACUGCCUUCUCCACACCACCACACUGCUCUGUCACUGGCUCCACCAGGAUUAAAUAGUCUCCAGCAGACUAUCAUUAGCAUCCCAGUAAACAAUAACUGCCAAAAAUCUGUGAAUCUGGGUCCCCUUUUUCAUUUCAGUUUUUGGAAUCUCUCAAAUUUCAUGUUUUUUUGGAUAACUAUACAUUGCAUUUCUAAAAGGACAGUUAAGGUCUGGGUGCUGAAUUUGAGAAAAAUAAAACUUAAAUAUGAUUAAUGUGCCAGACUACGUUAAUAGUAGCCUACUGUAAGACAAAUUAUAGAGUUACAGCAGAUGAAGAGUGUUGUUAAUCUGCAGUUAGGUCAGGCUUUUACUAGACUUAAGUCUGAAGUUUAAAAACAACAGCUGUACAAGAAAAUGAUACAUUCAUUUUGCGCAUGAGGCCUUGGGUAGCAAACUAUUGUGCUUUUGGCUAAAUAAAAGUAUGUUUGAACAUAUAAA